GACGGCAUCCCAACCCGCAAAGGCAUGCCAACUAGCGCUUCCCAACAGAUCGUGCUACGGUCAGAACCGUCGUCCACUCUAGCCCUGUGCCAACGCAAGACGUCAUUGACGCUCCUCGGAGGUAACGCCGCCGAGCAAGUGAGCGAAGCGCGAGGCGCGCGCGGCAUGUAGGAUCCAAUCACGAUGUGGCCGUCCAUCUGGGUGGCCUUUCUUGUUUUUUUUUUUUUAUCGGCAGAUCACAUACACUCACUCACUCACACACACCCACACACACACAAUCGAGGGCGCACAGCCCACCAGUUCACACGGUGGUGUUUCCUUGGUCAAUACACCUACCCCUUGGAAGCGUCGUUGGGGGUCGAUGGUCGCGAGGGCAAGCCCUCGCGAUCGGCCCGUCUCAUCGUUCAUCAUCAAAAACCUAGACCUAAACAGCUAAGAAACCCGUCCUUUGCCUCCCGUGUCCGCGGAGAAAAUCUUGCUGCUGCUGCUGCAUCUCCGCGUAACCACGAAGCCACGAAGCCACAGAGGGGCCCCUCCUGGCCAACCAAAGGAACCCCGUCAAGCCCACGCCCGAAGCCACAGAGCAGCCUUCUCUGCACCAUUGGUGGGGAGAGGGUGUUGGAGGACUCCGAGACCUCGGGGCGAACGGCGGUCUAAGUACGCCUUGGAACAGAUAUCUGGUAGAGUCGUCAUUUAAAAGGGGAGGAGA